CUUCCUCACAAGGUAUGAGUUCGACCCUUGACUCUUACAAAUUAGCGGUUCUUCCUCACAAAUUCUAUUCAGCCUUGGUGUCGAUUUCUCUAUUAUUCAGCCGUUUCUUUUCUCAGAUUUCUCUCACAAUAUCAAGCAAUCAACCGUUUCUUUUCUCAAGUUUCUCUGUUAUUCAAUCAAUCUUUCACAAAUUAGGGAUGUGCUUCAUCCAUGGCUGCAAACGCAUCUUCCCCACAACUACAGAUUAUCCAUGGCUGCAAACGCAUCUUCCCCACAACUACAGAUUAUCCAUGGCUGCAAACGAGGCAGAUUCAGUCUCUCUCUCUCUCUCUUUCAAUUUCGAUUGCCCAAAUUUGGGAGGUGCUUCAUCCAUGGCUGAACCCCACACUACAGAUCCAUGAUUCAAGCCUAUUCCUCUACAAGUGGGCUUUAGAAAUUGCAGAGAGAGGGAAAAGUUGCAGGAAAAGUUGCAGGUCAUUCUUCGUCCUUGGAGCAACAGUAGGUAACUCUUUGAACUUUGAGGUUCUGAGUUUUGUGGGAAGGAUCGAGGCUCAUUGAAGUUUAGUGCCAUGUGUGGUUUAAUGUUAUUCCAUCUCGAUCAUGGUUUUGGUUUUUUUCGUUUUUGGAGAAUGUUGUGUUUGUUUCGAUUUUUUCAAUUCUGGUCGCAUAUAUAUAUAUAUAU